GGCCUUUGUGUAUGGGCUUUCUGACUUAGCCAUCAUUGAUCCUGGAGCUACCAUUCUGAGACGCUUCAUUUCCGACGAACUGGAUGUGUUUGACUCCAUAGAGCGAACACCCUUGCUGCAGGACACUUCUUUGCAUGCCCGUGACCGGGGCCAGUAUGUCCAGAACCGGCGUCGAGCAGCUCGUGAUGUCCUGGCAAGCUCAUUAGUGCUGCUUCUGGUUUUUGUACUGCUCUUCACAUGCUACGUUGUCGUGUCAACUUACUUUUGGAUUGGUGGGAUGUACGUUUUGUUGGAGGACGUGACCAGAAAUCGGAUUUGCGAUCGUGAUUUGCACGUUUGGCUUGGGAUCGCAUUGUUUCAGCCCAUCCUGAAUGGCUGGUGCUUUCCCCGUGCCUUUGAUCCAGGGUGCAGCAAGAUCUUGGGUUGGAUCUUGUCGAUGGGCCUAAUUCUGACUGGUGCCAGCUGCUUCACUCAAAGUUACGCGAGCUGCGCCACAGGGUCACCAAGUUUCUACAACUUUGUCCAGGCUUACCUUGUCUACAUGACGAUUACAUGGAUUUUGCUGCUGGUCCUUCCACUCCUACCGUGGGUGCUACUGUCCACAGGCUCCGAGGUAGAGCUGGAGCUUGUGGCAAGAGCUAUUGUGUGA